GGUAGGCCUAAACUGUAAUAAGAUAUACCUUAAAGACUGCUUGUGUUUAAUCCUGAAUCCAGUUGCCCCUCUUGUACUGGGAUAAAACAAUAGGCAAGCCAUGAACCUUAUGGAGGAGUACAUGUGUUUUGUAGACACACCUGGGUUCUAGACUGGCUGAGGUAAACAUUUUAGGAAAGCCUGGGUUUUUAAUAUCGAAGUCAUUCUAAGGGGUAGGUUUGACAAAGCAAAUGAGUGAGUGAGUCUUUGACAUGAAGACAGUGGUUAGAUUCUGCCAUUGGGACUGCUCUGAUGUUUCCAUUCUCUCCUGGUUAUGACCAUAGAGCCAUGUCCCAGUCUCUAGACCUGCCUGUCUGUGUGAUGGAUGACCACCUGACCUCUGAAGCUGUCAAUGAGAUGGAGCAGAGCAAUUCUACCAGGAGCAGAGCAACCUCAGUGAUGGAAACCACAGAAGAGGGAAAGCUCAACAAUGUGGAACAUCUGACACUUAUGGACUUCCUUCAAAACCUAACUGAGAAGCAAUGGAGGGGGAUUCGUGAGGGCAUGUUUGACCCGCUGACAAAACAACAGCUUGCCGGCUUGUGUCUGAGGAUUGUCCAGUUUUUAUCGGACAAGCUGAUGCAGAUCAUCAUCCCAGGUCUUUACGAACUACUGGGCAUCCAAGAUGCUGCCUCCUCUCCAUUGUCACAGAGAUCUCUCACAGCGUCACUCACCAGUCUGUUAGACGAUAAGACUAACACCAAGUCCCGCGUGAGAUUUACUGAGGCUGGUGUACCUAAGAGGCCAGGCAGUCGAAAGUCUUACAAUAGCUUUCGCAUCCCGACUCCCUACCCUUCCUCCAACUGUAUGGAGCAGGAAGAGGAAGAAGAACAGGAAUCACAACUUAAGUUCAAGGAGAUUUACCUGACUAAGGGCAGUCUGGGCAGUGGAAGCUACCUGCCCAAGGGGGCCAUGAGGACUCUAACCUCUCUGUCUGAUGUGCAGAAGAAAACAACCAACUCUGAGACGCUACAAGUCCUCUUAGGUGUCUCAGAGGACACCCUUGUCACCUGUGUGCAGGACAGCCUGCAAGGUUCUCUAUCCAAACUUGCAUGCAUGUCCAAUUCUCCAUCUGGAAGUGCAGGCUCUAUGAUGCUAACCCCUGCUGUAAUGGCAGAGUUGGCUAAAGAUGUCAAGUCGGCCUUGUCAGUGGUCGUUAAGAGUGCCUCCGCAAGUCAAACCUCUGUAGUGACACCGGUAAGGGGAGACUCACAGACCAAGGUGACUGAGAGCAUGGUGAGAGAGCUGGCUGCUAAACUUGAAAAAGUUGACCAAGAGAGCAAAAGUCUAACAGGGCAAGUCAUGACCAUGAUCUCUGACACAAUGGUGGCUUUUGUUGACGAGAACAAACAGAAUUUGCUGGAAGAUCUGAAGGACAAGAUCACGUUUUUGGCAUCGCAUGUUGGCUUCAUUGAGGAUCUUGAUGCCCUGAUAAGGAAAUACGAGACCAGCUACAAUAUUGGUGAAUCUGGUUCCUCCUGCACGCUCACAUCUAAGAGCAUCCAAAAACUCUCCAGCCGGGAGUUUCAAACAUCAGCAAUACAAGCAGUGAGUGGAGUUCUUGACAAAAAAGUCAGUAGUUUGAGCUUUCCUAGUUCAGUCAUUCAGUCUGAGUUAACAGGUGCUGUAUCAGGUCAAACAUUGUCUGGCAUUGUAAAGACAGAGUCAAUUCACCCAGUGGGCUCAGCAGCGUCAGUAGUUGUUAAGACUUUCGUGUCAGAUAUGAAGUCCUUGGCUGAAUCUGAAGAGAGUCCCCAACAGAAGAGUGCCUGGUCUGCUGCUGUUCACAUUUACCACAGCAUCCAAAACAACUUGAAAGAUUAUUUCAGCAAGCUUCAGCGAUGUGCCUUAAAGAGCAUUGUCACAUCUGAUGAUAACAUCACAAAUGCUGAGUUUAAGGAGACAGUUCCACUUCCUUGCUUAGACAUGACGUAUAGGCCCAGUAAGAGUGAGCCUCAGUUGCCAGAGUCCACUGGUGAAGUUACUUUACAAAGAGGCCUAAGUGAGUGCUCAAAACUUCUUUGGGCAAAAACUGAGUCAGAAGAAAGCAAGCUCCUUCUGACAACUUGCACCAAAGAAGUCAUCUCAGAGCUUCUGGUCGUGUACAACACUGAGGUGUCAAAGGAGGACCCCCUGUACACUGUUGGAGAAAAAGGAUCAGGCUUCUCUAUUGAGAGAGAGAAAUUUGUAGAGGGUGUUCUGGCUCAGCUUGGGGAUAUUGCCCAUUCCAGGGCCUCAUCACCAAUAGUAUGUGAGUUCCCCUGUCAAAUUGAGGACAGCAGAAGUAAGGCCACAGCUUCUUUGACUAGUCUGUUAGAUUGUAUUAGAAAACUCUCAAGUGAGGAAUUUAAGAGAAAUGCCACUCAAGCAGUGAGUGAGUUCCUAGUUAAAAAGUCCUCCAGUAGCUUAACUAGUGCACAGCCUGCUUAUUCUGUAGCAUCCAGGUAUUGUUCCAUUCAAAACCAGUACACAUGGUCAAAGGAUAUUUGUGCGGAUUCUGCUGCCUUUGGCAUCAUUGAAACAUUUGUGGAAGACCUGCAGAGCUCGGCGCAACCUGCAGAAGUAGAGGAGAGAGAACCUGACCUCCAGGAAAAUGCACAAAAGCUACAGAGCAGGAUCUGGUCUGCUACCACUAGUUUAUAUAACAAUAUUCAGAAGACAUUAAAGGACUUCAUCAUUCAUCAGCGGAGGUCAGACAUGCUGAGCAGAAUGUCUAGUCAUAUACCCACAGAGGACUCUGGACAUCUUGGGACUAAGGAGCACAUUUGUUUGGCAAGCCAGGACUUGAGGCAAGCUAGUAAGAGUGUGCCUCACUUGCACAGUUUGAACCUUGAAGUGGCUCUACACAGGGGUGUCAGCGAGAGUUCAAAACUUCUCUGGACUGAAACAGACGAGGCUCUACUGACCAAUAGUACCAAAGAGGUCAUUUCAACAAUCUUGACCUCAUGCGAAGAUCAGGCAUCAAAUGCACCUUGCUUCUCCACAGUAGAAAAGAAAAUAUCUGAUAUGUCCCUUGAGGUCAACAUAUUGGUAGGUGGUGUUCUGUCUCAGCUGAAGGACAUCUCCUUGUCAAGGUCCCCAACACCAUGUGAAGACAUGUUUGAACGUCUCCAAGGUUCUCCUGAGCGAACCUCUCCAGUAAGUCUAGAUUGCAGCACGGCUGCCUCCAAAGGCAUUGCAUCUUCCCACAGUCUUUCUACGAAGAGCCUCCAAAAACUCUCUAUCUGUAUCUACAUCCACCACAUCUACUGA